AUGGAAUCACAAAAUAAUCCAGCUACUGAUCCUUUGCUCUUCUGGUUUAAUGGAGGACCUGGUUGUUCUUCAUUAAUGGGAGCAGUUUCGGAAAUUGGACCAUUUUUCCUAAAUCAAGAUGGUGAAACUUUCCAAAAAAAUGAGUAUUCGUGGAAUAAAAACGCAUCGAUUGUUUUUAUCGAGUCUCCAGCGGCUGUUGGAUACUCUUACACUACAAAUGAUCAUUUUCAAACUGAUGAUUAUCUAAAUUCUCUGGAUAAUUAUCAAGCUAUCAAAGAGUUUUUUAUUGUAAGUGGUACUUAUUAAAACUUUAAAAAUAAGUAAAUUGAAAUACAUAGGAACAUCCAAGUUUCCGAAAUCAUUCACUAUUUCUUACCGGCGAAUCAUAUGGUGGAAUAUAUUUGCCAAUGCUGGCUGAGAGAAUAAUUGAUGGGCAACACGAUUAUCCAAUCAAUCUUCAAGGAGUCGCUAUUGGAAAUGGAAUAGUUGAUUGGGACUUAGAACGUGUAACUAUCAUUGAAUAUUUAUAUGGGCAUGGAUUUAUUGGCGAUUCAGAAUGGAAAAAGCACAAAUCUUGUUUGUUGAAUAACGAAGUUGAAGUAUGCUCAGGGAUGUUUCAUUUAUUAAGGCCUUAUGAAAACACAAUUGAUCCUUAUGACAUCUCCUGCGAUCCAACGGACCAAAUAAAAACUCCGAAUAAUCCUAUCGUUGCCAUGAUGUCUUUGAAAACCCGAUUCAAAAAACAAAUACGCGUUGAAAAAAGAAAGCAACACUAAUGAAACAAUAGUUUCCGCGUGUAUUAAUUAUGUUACGCCGUUGGAAAAUUAUUUCAAUAAACAAGAAGUUAGAGAAGCUCUCCACAUUUCCUCAAACUCUGGGAUCUGGGAAACUUGUUCACAAUCGAUCAAAUACAAUAUGUCACACAAUUCAGUUUAUGAACAGGUGAAGAAAAUGGUGUCUAAUAAUGUUCGCACUCUACUUUAUUAUGGUGACAUGGACACUAUUUGCAAUUUUCUAAUGGGUCAACAGUUUUCCGCGAAUCUUGGAUUACCGGUAUACAUGAUUUUUUUCAAAAAAAAUAUGUCAUUGUUUUUUUUUAUUUCAGUUGAUCGAGGAUAAGAAAGAAUGGCUGUAUAAAAGUCUAAAUGGUGGUUCAAAAACUGAGUACAAAAAUUUGACAUUUUUGACGAUUCGUGGAGCUGGUCAUAUGGCGCCUCGAAAUAAACCUGCAAAAAUGCUCCAUGUUAUUCAAAAUUUCAUUGCAAACACGGAAAUUUGA